CCCCCGGAGGGUGGGGGGCGGCGAGGGGUGGGGUUCGGCCUGAGAAGCGAGAUCUGGGGAACAGGGGAAGUGCGGAAGUGUUACUUAAAGGUGAAAAUUGAUGAGGUCCCUUGCUUAACCAGGGGGACCCCCGCAACCCUCCCAAAAAACUGAGAAGUCCACGGAGCGAGUUGGAGUGGAGAAGCUGCACCCCCAGAUCUCUACUAAAGAAUUCGAUAGUGGAGACAGCUAGAGAUCAAAGAAAGGCCCCUUCUCUUCCAUCGAGCUUCCCCCUCCAACUGGGGAGUGAGGCCCAGGGUGCACCCCCACGCCACAAGACUGGGGAAAGGAGUGCAAUUGCGGAAGCCCAAGGUUCCGCGUUGCCUUUUAAACGCUCUCCAUCCCCCGCCUGGAGGCGUCCACGGCCCCUUUAAGGCGCAGGGCAUUGUGGGUGUGGGGAGUGGAAUUUUGGAACGAAAUGUAGCAAAGAGAGUACAGUAGUAAGAGUAACCGCGUAGGUGCUGCCGGCCGAGGGGGUGCGCCGGCGAGGUUCGGACGCUGCACCCCGCUUUCCAUCGCAGGGGAUCCCUGCACACCGGAGGGAGGAGGCGCCUGAGGACCCGCCCCGGCCCGGUCCACGUUCUCCCCAGGAAGCUGGACUCUAUGGGGCGGGACCCCGAGAGAGACUGAACAGAACCUGGAGUCAGCCCCGCACCCCUGCACUUCCAAUCAGGGGCGCCCCGGGAGCACUCCCCGUGGGCGCGCCGCCCGCCCUCCGCGCAGCCAUGAGCGAGACGGUCAUCUGUUCCAGCCGGGCUACUGUGAUGCUUUACGAUGACAGCAACAAGCGAUGGCUCCCUGCUGGCACCGGUCCCCAGGCCUUCAGCCGUGUCCAGAUCUACCACAACCCCACUGCUAACUCCUUCCGAGUUGUUGGCCGCAAGAUGCAGCCGGACCAGCAGGUGGUUAUCAACUGUGCCAUCAUUCGGGGUGUCAAGUACAAUCAGGCCACUCCCAUCUUCCAUCAGUGGCGAGAUGCCCGCCAGGUCUGGGGCCUCAACUUUGGCAGCAAGGAGGACGCGGCACAGUUUGCAGUCGGCAUGGCCAGUGCCCUAGAGGCUUUGGAAGGAGGUGGGCCUCCCCCGGCCCCAGCACCCCCUGCCUGGUCUGCCCAGAAUGGCCCCUCCCCAGAGGAGCUCGAACAACAGAAAAGGCAGCCCGAGCACAUGGAGCGCCGGGUGUCGAACGCAGGAGGUCCACCUGCUCCCCCAGCUGGGGGCCCUCCUCCACCUCCAGGACCUCCCCCUCCUCCGGGUCCACCCCCACCCCCAGGUCUGCCCCCUUCAGGGGUAUCUGGGCCAGGUCAUGGAGCAGGGGCAGCCCCACCCCCUGCACCCCCACUCCCUACAGCACAGGGCCCCAGUAGUGGGGGUUCCGGGGCCCCAGGCCUGGCUGCUGCCAUUGCUGGAGCCAAACUCAGGAAAGUGAGCAAGCAGGAGGAGGCCUCUGGGGGGCCCCUGGCCCCCAAAGCUGAGAACAGUCGAAGCACUGGUGGGGGGCUUAUGGAAGAGAUGAACGCCAUGCUGGCCCGGAGAAGGAAAGCCACACAGGUUGGGGAGAAGCCCCCCAAAGACGAGUCAGCCAGUGAGGAGCCAGAGGCCCGACUCCCUGCCCAAAGUGAACCUAUGCGAAGACCCUGGGAGAAGAACAGCACAACCUUGCCAAGGAUGAAGUCGUCUUCUUCUGUGACUACCUCCGAGGCCCACCCCUCUACGCCCAGCUCCAGUGAUGACUCCGACUUGGAGAGGGUGAAGCAGGAGCUUCUAGAAGAGGUGCGGAAGGAGCUGCAGAAAAUGAAAGAGGAAAUAAUCGAAGUCUUUGUCCAGGAGCUGAGGAAGCGGGGUUCUCCUUGACUACAGGGAUCCAGAAGACCCAUUUCUUCUUUCUGUACUUUUUGCCUGGCACCUGCUUUCCCUGCCUCGACUUGACCAAGAGUUAUACAAGAAUGCGUUUUCCCCUACCAGCUCCCACUUGGAAGAUUCCACAGGGGGUGUGGCUUCCUGGUGCCAUGGUCACACCCACGCUGGCUGCUGAUUGGAUAAGGAGGUCCCACCCCUUUGUUCCCUUUGGUCCUUCCCCUUCACCAUCCCCUUGGGGCUGGUUCCUCUGCUGGGGAUGUAAGAGUAACCCCACAGUAAGGGAAGGAAGGAGGGGAUCUCACCUUCUCUUGUUCUGGAUUCACUUUAACGCUUUAAUGCCUUGGAAUUUUUUUUUUUAAGAAAAAGUAUAUAUAUAUAUUUGGGUUUGGGGGGGAAGGGAAUUUUUUUUCUCUUUGGUUUUGAUAAAAUGGGGUGUGGGAGUUUUUAAAUGCUAUACCCCAGGCUUAUCCCAUCGGAGGCAGCUAUGUAAGAGGAGAGGUAUCCCACCACCCCUGGGACACCUCCCCCUUUGCCUUGGCUCCUCCCUCUUUUCUAUGAGGAAUUAAGAUUCUUUAACUUUUUUGGAACCUCAGUUUUGUGGUUUUUUUUAUUUGGGUUAGGAUUUCAGGGUCCAGACCAUUUUUGCCCUCCGGGAAGAUGAAGUGAGGGAAAGAAGAGGAAAAGUAGGUCCUCCGACUUCUCCACCAUAGCUUCUUGGAUACGGGCCCUCGCUGAAUAAAUCUGCAGUUUUUAUAAAUGCAAA